UUCCGCUCUCUUACCGUAUAGCUAAACGAUAUCUAGACCUCACGGAGGAGCAAGGACACAACAACGACGAGAUAUCUGUUCUUGACCCGAACCGAGCCCGGCCAUGGACGAACAGGCAGGGCCCGGUGUUUUCUUCAACAACAACAAUAACUCUAUUUUAGCCGGUGUGGGGAAGGUACUGCUACCGGAGGGGGAUGCAGGGGAAGCGGACAGGUCUCCGUACAGCAUCCCGGGGAUCCUACACUUCCUGCAACACGAAUGGGCUCGUUUCGAGGUGGACCGGGCUCAAUGGGAGGUGGAUCGGGCCGAAUUGCAGGCUCAGACGGCGUUCCUCCAGGGAGAGAGGAAAGGACAGGAGAACCUGAAGAAGGACCUGGUUAGGAGGAUCAAGAUGCUGGAAUACGUUCUCAAACAGGAGAGGGCCAAGUACCACAAGUUAAAAUAUGGAACAGAGUUGAACCAAGGAGACAUGAAACCUCCCAGCUAUGACUCUGAUGAGGUGAAUGAGAAUGAGGCCCCUGGCUCUCUGAACAACCAGCUGUCCUGGAAACAAGGUCGUCAGCUCCUCAGACAGUAUCUUCAGGAGGUGGGUUACACCGACACCAUCCUGGAUGUGAAGGCUCAGAGGGUGCAAACCCUGCUGGCUAUGGCUGGUGCCGGAGGGGGUCGACCCGGGGAGAGGACCGGGCCAGAGACCCCUCUGGUCAACGGGACAGACACCGUACCUAAAGGCACCGACACUGGAGGAGGGAAGACUGAGGUGUCUGAGUCCAGUGUUGUGCCGGACACCUUCAGGUUCUACUGUGAUGAAGACGAUGAUGAAGAUGGUGCAGGGUUGGAUCGGACUGUCAUGGAACAGACAGGACCUACGGGGACCAUGGUGAGGAAGAAGCCACCAUCGUCAUCAUCACCGACCCUCAAUAUGGACACUAGUGAGGACCCGGAUGCAGAGGACGCACUGAAAGGCUUCGACUUCCUGUCCAGCCCUGACAACAUGGACACAUCGCCUGAGUCCCGCAGCGCUGGGGACGGGACGGACUGGGAGAAGGAGGAGCAGUCUGCUAUGUCAGAGGCGUGGGACGUGGACCAGGGUUUGAUAACCAAACUCAAGGAGGAGUACAGGAAGGAGCGCAAGGGGAAGAAGGGGGGAAAGAGACCUAACCGGUCUAAGCUCCAGGACAUGCUGGCCAACCUGAGGGACCAAGAGGACAUGAGUCCCAGAGAACCCUCCUCUUCCCCCCAGGCCCGCUCCAACGCACCCAGGCUCAACGAGCAGCACCAGGACAACCGCUCGGACGAAGUGGAGGUGCUGACCUUCCCUCCUUCCUCAGGAACGUCCUUCAUAAUGCGUCCUGAUGAGAACAUGGAGGCUGAACUGGGACUUGGGGAGCUGGCCGGUCUUACCGUCGCCAACGAGGCUGAUAGCUUGGCGUACGACAUGUCCAACAACAAGGAUGCCCUGAGGAGGACGUGGAACCCCAAGUUGACCCUGCGGAGCCACUUUGACGGGGUCCGAGGUCUGGCCUUCCAUCCCGUAGAACCGGUUCUAGUGACCGCCUCAGAGGACCACACGCUGAAGAUGUGGAACCUGCAGAAGACUGCCCCCGCCAAGAAGAAUGCCUCUGUAGAUGUGGAACCCAUGUACACGUUCAGGGCCCACCAGGGUCCAGUGCUGUGUGUUGUGAUGAGCAGUACAGGAGAGCAGUGUUUCAGUGGAGGGCUGGACGGCACCAUUCAGAGCUGGAACACACCGAACCCUAACCUAGACCCAUACGAUUCUUACAAGCCAUCUGUCCUGCGUGGGGCGCUGUGCGGUCAUACUGACUCGGUGUGGGGUCUGGUGUACAGUGGUGUUCAUCGGAGACUCCUGUCUUGCUCUGGAGACGGCACCGUCAAACUGUGGGACGCCUCCGAUACCAAGCCUGCCCUGGUCACCUUCCAAAAUAAAGAAUUUGGCGUGCCGUCCUCAGUGGACCUGCUCUGCAGUGACCCCGCCCACAUGGUGACAUCGUUCACCAGUGGUCGGAUUGGCCUGUUCAACAUGGAGACACAGCAACUAGUGCUCAGCCUGGAGUCUGCUGCAGAUACAGGUACCCGCUGUCAGAUCAACAAGGUGCUGAGUCACCCCACCCUACCCAUCACCAUCACCGCUGAAGAGGAUAGACACAUCAAGUUCUUCGACAACAACACAGGAAAGCUGAUUCACUCAAUGGUGGCCCACCUGGAUGCUGUUACCAGUCUAGCUGUAGACCCCAAUGGUCUCUAUCUGAUGUCUGGCAGUCAUGACUGUUCUAUUCGUCUGUGGAACCUGGAGACUAAGACGUGUAUCCAGGAGUUUACAGCUCACAGGAAGAAGAAUGAUGAGUCUAUCCAUGACGUGGCCUUCCACCCCUCUAAGGCCUACAUCGCCUCCGCCGGGGCAGACGCUCUUGCCAAGGUGUUCGUAUGACGAGGACCAGUCAGCCCACCGACACGGCCUCCCAGCACCAGGGAUCAAUAGAGACACAGGAGGGGCGGGACCUUAAGAAACGAGCGUGUGAGCUUCCACGCAGACUUCCCCUCAUAUAUCACCUCUCACACUACUGGUUCCCUGUUUUGACUGGUGGAUGAUGCAGCCAAUAGCCACUUCUAAGCCCCAGACUAGGCCCGCCUCCAGAGGGAUAGGGCCAGGGCUGUGGUUGGCUCAGAGGUCUGUUGUGGGAACUGCGAUUGGGCACAAGGCUUUCUCAUCCCUGUGCAAUCCAGGCAGGCCCCUGGCCACAAAGACCCUCUUUCUCGAAUCUGGGGCCAAUGAACACCCACACAGACUGAAACUAUUGUCUUCAGACUAACCUUAUGGUCUGUCUUCCCUUCACAGCUAGCAAGGGUGUUGAAGACAGACAGACAGGUGUUUUAUAGUGUAGACUCACUAGAGAGGUUGAGCACCAUGCCCUACCCCCUCAUGUUGUCAUGCCCAUUUCCCCGAACCCCAAGCCCCCCAUUUCCCCAAUCUCUAGGCCCAGACCUCUCCCUUCAGAUCAGGCCGUCUGCUCCCUGGUCCCUCCUUUUCCUCCAAGUCACUUUCAGUGUUGUGUUGGAGAUGCUGGCUGGCUGUCUUAGAUGAAAGCAUCUCGCUUUUCCCCUCUGUCUCCCCGGGCUUGACUCUGUCCCCCCGGGCUUGACUCCGUCUCCCCGGGCUGACUCUGUCUCCCCCCGGGCUGACUCUGUCUCCCCCCGGGCUGACUCUGUCUCUGCCCACCCACCAGCCAGCCAGUUUCUCUCUCUGCUUUCCUUUUAAAAAUACUUAUUAAAAAAUGUGCCUUUGCUUUAAAAAAAAGUCUUGAAACAAAAGUUAUUUUACAGAGCAUCUGUUUUUGCGGGGGGCAGACAGCGUUGAUAGGGAAAGGUUGUCACGAUGGUGUCCAUUUUAACAAAAAUAUUGGAUGUAGAAUUACAAAUACGUAUAAUAAACAAAAUAUAUAUUAAGUCUUAAAACUGACUGAGUUUGAGUGCUCUUUUUUUAAAUAUAUAUAUAAAAAGCAUGGGUGAAAAGAAGCCUUGGCCCCAGAUCAGUUUGUCCUGUCUUGCCAUUGACCAUAUAAGAGUUGAAAAGAAAUGCACUAACAGGUUUGGGACCAGGGUAGAAGGGAAUCCGCCAAACAGACGAUCAAGUUAAUAUUUCCUAUUUGUUCGAAGAAUUCCUUGUUAUAAAACUGUACAACAACAUGUUUCCCAAAGUAAACCAUCUGUUUCUACAAUAGGAGUUUUAAGUAUGUUGGUCCAUCUUUACAAUGCCAGCCACUGAGUUUGGCCUGCGGCGUGCUCAGUGGACACUGAGUUUGGCCUGCGGCGUGCUCAGUGGACACUGAGUUUGGCCUGCUGCGUGCUCAGUGGACACUGAGUUUGGCCUGCUGCGUGCUCAGUGGACACUGAGUUUGGCCUGCUGCGUGCUCAGUGGACACUGAGUUUGGCCUGCGGCGUGCUCAGUGGACACUGAGUUUGGCCUGCGGCGUGCUCAGUGGACACUGAGUUUGGCCUGCUGCGUGCUCAGUGGACACUGAGUUUGGCCUGCUGCGUGCUCAGUGGACACUGAGUUUGGCCUGCUGCGUGCUCAGUGGACACUGAGUUUGGCCUGCUGCGUGCUCAGUGGACACUGAGUUUGGCCUGCUGCGUGCUCAGUGGACACUGAGUUUGGCCUGCUGCGUGCUCAGUGGACACUGAGUUUGGCCUGCUGCGUGCUCAGUGGACACUGAGUUUGGCCUGCUGCGUGCUCAGUGGACACUGAGUUUGGCCUGCUGCGUGCUCAGUGGACACUGAGUUUGGCCUGCGGCGUGCUCAGUGGACACUGAGUUUGGCCUGCGGCGUGCUCAGUGGACACUGAGUUUGGCCUGCGGCGUGCUCAGUGGACACUGAGUUUGGCCUGCGGCGUGCUCAGUGGACACUGAGUUUGGCCUGCGGCGUGCUCAGUGGACACUGAGUUUGGCCUGCUGCGUGCUCAGUGGACACUGAGUUUGGCCUGCUGCGUGCUCAGUGGACACUGAGUUUGGCCUGCUGCGUGCUCAGUGGACACUGAGUUUGGCCUGCUGCGUGCUCAGUGGACACUGAGUUUGGCCUGCUGCGUGCUCAGUGGACACUGAGUUUGGCCUGCUGCGUGCUCAGUGGACACUGAGUUUGGCCUGCUGCGUGCUCAGUGGACACUGAGUUUGGCCUGCUGCGUGCUCAGUGGACACUGAGUUUGGCCUGCUGCGUGCUCAGUGGACACUGAGUUUGGCCUGCUGCGUGCUCAGUGGACACUGAGUUUGGCCUGCUGCGUGCUCAGUGGACACUGAGUUUGGCCUGCUGCGUGCUCAGUGGACACUGAGUUUGGCCUGCUGCGUGCUCAGUGGACACUGAGUUUGGCCUGCUGCGUGCUCAGUGGACACUGAGUUUGGCCUGCUGCGUGCUCAGUGGACACUGAGUUUGGCCUGCUGCGUGCUCAGUGGACACUGAGUUUGGCCUGCUGCGUGCUCAGUGGACACUGAGUUUGGCCUGCGGCGUGCUCAGUGGACACUGAGUUUGGCCUGCGGCGUGCUCAGUGGACACUGAGUUUGGCCUGCGGCGUGCUCAGUGGACACUGAGUUUGGCCUGCGGCGUGCUCAGUGGACACUGAGUUUGGCCUGCGGCGUGCUCAGUGGACACUGAGUUUGGCCUGCGGCGUGCUCAGUGGACACUGAGUUUGGCCUGCGGCGUGCUCAGUGGACACUGAGUUUGGCCUGCGGCGUGCUCAGUGGACACUGAGUGUGAAACGUCUCCGAGUAGGGUAAGCAUCCCAAAUGGCACCCUAUUCCCUAUAUAGUGCACUCAUUUUAGGGUCCAUAGGUUCCUGGUCUAAACUAGUGCACUAUAGGGAAUAGGGUGCCAUGGUCCUUCUGUAGCUCAGUUGGUAGAGCAUGGCGCUUGUAACGCCAGGGUAGUGGGUUCGAUCCCCGGGACCACCCAUACGUAGAAUA